UUAAAUAGCAUUUCCAGCUUCCUCUCUUCUCCUCUCCGCACCUCGCUCUCACGGCCUGCCCGCCCUGCCGCCUGCUCGCCCCCCAGCACAUCUUCCACCAUGGCCACCUCAGCGAGUUCCCACUUGAACAAAGGCAUCAAGCAGGUGUACAUGUCCCUGCCCCAGGGUGAUAAAGUCCAAGCUAUGUAUAUCUGGAUCGACGGCACCGGAGAAGGACUGCGAUGCAAGACCCGGACGCUGGACAGUGAGCCCAAGUGUGUGGAAGAGUUGCCCGAGUGGAAUUUUGAUGGCUCUAGUACUUUGCAGUCUGAAGGUUCCAACAGUGACAUGUAUCUUAUUCCUGCUGCCAUGUUUCGGGACCCUUUCCGCAAGGACCCCAACAAGCUGGUGUUCUGUGAAGUCCUAAAGUACAACCGAAAGCCUGCAGAGACCAACUUGAGGCACACCUGUAAACGGAUAAUGGACAUGGUGAGCAAUCAGCACCCCUGGUUUGGAAUGGAGCAGGAAUAUACUCUCAUGGGCACCGAUGGACACCCCUUUGGUUGGCCUUCCAAUGGCUUCCCAGGGCCCCAAGGUCCGUACUACUGUGGCGUGGGAGCCGACAGAGCCUACGGCAGGGACAUUGUGGAGGCUCACUACCGGGCCUGCUUGUACGCUGGCAUCAAGAUUGCAGGGACAAAUGCCGAGGUUAUGCCCGCCCAGUGGGAAUUCCAGAUAGGACCCUGUGAAGGAAUCGAGAUGGGAGAUCAUCUCUGGGUGGCGAGGUUCAUCUUGCACCGGGUGUGUGAAGACUUUGGAGUGAUAGCAACCUUUGACCCCAAGCCAAUUCCUGGGAACUGGAAUGGUGCAGGCUGCCACACCAACUUCAGCACCAAGGCCACGCGAGAGGAGAACGGUCUGAAGUACCUUGAAGAGUACAUCGAGAGGCUCAGCAAGCGGCAUCAGUACCACAUCCGAGCCUACGACCCCCACGGGGGCCGGGACAACGCCCGGCGCCUCACCGGAUUCCACGAGACCUCCAACAUCAACGACUUUUCUGCCGGCGUGGCCAACCGCAGCGCCAGCAUCCGCAUUCCCCGGGCUGUCGGUCAGGAGAAGAAGGGUUACUUUGAAGACCGGCGCCCCUCUGCCAACUGUGACCCCUUCGGGGUGACAGAAGCCCUCAUCCGCACGUGUCUUCUUAACGAAACUGGCGAGGAGCCCUUCCAGUACAAAAACUAAGCGGACUAGACGCGCAGCCAUUGAACCCCUUCUAAUUCUUCAACCCGCUCCACUCUCGUGCCACCCCCCACCCCCUCAAUUGUCAUAAUAGCCGUAACUCAAAGGGCAGAGCAUCAAGGUCUUUUUGUAUUCCUUCUGCCCAAUUAAUAUCUCUUGCUUUUUUUGGCCAGGUUACAGAGGUCAGGUUCUUAAUCUCUUCACACACACACACACACACACACACACCCCUUUUACCAACCCCCCAUCACUGAAGCUUCCUAGUGCAUUAGUGGAGAGGGGGCGGGGAAACAUAACCACUGCUUCUCUUAAUCAGAUGUUUGUCCAACAGGCGUUAGCUAUGCGGACAGUGAGUAUAGUGUUUAUGAAGGGAGGGGAAGGACCUUUUUCUUCUUUGAGGUAGCUGAAGGGGGAGGUUGGGGGGCUGGGCUUUUACUCUGUGGCUAGGUUAGAUAUUCCUUCCCCCUUGGUGGAAGUUCCAUUUCUUAGAAGGCUGUGACCAGAUUUCUCAUGGAAGUGAGAAUUAGGAGAGGGGAAUGUGGGUGGCUGGCAGGAAGGUGCCCCUCUCUGUGCUGUGCUUCCUGGGCCUGGGGCUAAAUGCCCUCAUUUGAAGAUAAGCUCAGCGCAAAGGAAAGGGAUGGAUCGCUCUACCUUAGAAGAAAAAAGCUCUCAUUCCUUGGUCCUCCACCUAUAACAAAUCAGAGUAGUAUUUUUAUAUUUAAAUGCAAAAACAAAAAAAUUAUAUAUAUAUGGGUGUGCAGAUAUAUGUGCUUUUUCUAAAGGAGGAAAACCAUUCUGGUCAUCAGGAGCCGAAUUGGAAGUGAGUAGUGUGGUUAGAAAAAGGCUCCUUUUGAGUUGGGGGUGAGGGUGGAGAUGCUUGAAGAAUUGGCUGUCAGGGGCUGUUAAACCCUCACUACCAUUUAAGGGUUUCUCUGUGCCCUGCCCGCCUUUUGGGAGGGGGUGGGCACUGGCUGGUUAACAGGAAAGAGCAUGGAUGGCAGCUGCGGUCACCUGAGCCCCCUGGCUUUGGUGUAAAGACACAUGUCUGCACAGGGGUUUAGAAAUAGGAGUUGGCUGGUCAACUUGAGCAUGUACGUUACUGACGGGGUGAUGGGUUCUUUUCCGGGGGACAGCAUGUCACUAAAGCAGGCCUUUUGAUAUAUUAAAAAUUUUUUAAAAAGCAAAAACUUUAGAUUUUAAUCAUAUCGGUAGGGAUUUGAAGACUUUAACAGAAUUGCUUGUUUGCUUCUCCUGUCCCUGUCUCUGCUUUUAGAGGGGAGGGGACAGGACUGGGGUCAAACGCUGGUAAUUUUGUAUCUUGGUGUCCCGUUCUGAGUGAAAAUACUCCUUUGUUAAGGUUCCAAGGAGGUUUUUUGUUUCUUUUAUAAUAAAAAAUAAACCCCACCUUCAUCUCUA